AUGGCGCCGCCUACCACCAUUACGGGCACUGCUACCGAGAGUCUGUCCCAGACGAGUAUCGUCACGAUGGACACGAGGGCAGACGAGGAAGCCGAGAUGGAGGUGGAGGUUGAGGUUGAUAGUCUUGGCCGUGGACCGAACCAGCUCAAGGGUACGACGAGCUCUUCUCUUUUUUUCUCCCCUCUUGCCUUCAGAUAG